GUCAUUACAAUGUGCUGUCUUGCAGUGGAAACUUGUACAUUAUAAAUGCCUCCUACACUAGCGGAUGAUCUCUUAAAAGCCUCUUAGUAAAAUAAGGUUGAAGGAAAUAUUCAUAAAGAAUUAACUGAGGGUGGAGAAUGUUGAGCUCACUUGAUAUAUGAAACCUACACCUCAUCUUCCUGAACAGAAUCCUUGGGCUCAGACCGCAAGAACCAAUGGCAUGGCAGUCACAGAUGUGGUUAUUGGAGUGAUCUUAUCACAGACUAUCAUUGGAAUUUUGGGAAAUUCCUAUCUCCUCUGCCACUAUCUAUUGUUUAACUUCAGGGGAUGCAGGCUAAAGACCACAGACUAUAUCCUGAUGCACUUGAUUACAGCAAACACCUUAAGUCUGCUGUGUAAAGGUGUGCCCCAGGCAAUGGCAGCUUUUGGUUUGAAAGACUUCCUCUGGGAUAUUGGGUAUAAACUACUUUUCUAUCUUCACAGGGUGGGGAGGACAGUGUCCAUCAGCACCACCUGCUUUCUGAGUGUCUUUCAGGCCAUUGUCAUCAACCCUAUAGACUCCACAUGGGCAAAGUGUAAAUUGCAAGCUCCCAGGUACAUUAUUUCUUCCACAUGUGUGACCUGCAUUCUGUCCCUUCUUGCAAACAUUGCUUUUCCUUUGCACACGACUGGAAAAUUUAGCAAUAUAAACAUCACUAUCCUAAAAGACCUUGAAUACUGUUCUGCUGCCCGUCAUGAUAAAGUCAUUGACAUCCUCUAUGCAAUAUUGUUCUCAAGUCCUGAUGUGUUUUUCACAUUGCUGAUGCUUUGGUCCAGUGGCUCCAUGGUUUGCAUCCUCUACAGACACAAGCAGAGAAUGAAGCACAUUCAUAGAAGCAACUACUCCCAGAGGUCCUCCCCUGUGUCCAGAGCCACAAAAACCAUUCUGCUCUUGAUGAGCAUGUUUGUCUGCUUUUACACAGUUUCCUGCCUCUUAGAUAUUCAUUUAACUCUAGUUUAUCAUCCCACAUGGUUCAUGCUAAAUGCUGCCUCAAUUGCCUCUGGGUGUUUCCCAACUGUGAGUCCCUUUCUGCUGAUAAGCAACAACUCCUGUGAACCUUCACUCUGUUUUCAAAGUGCAAGGAAUAGAAAAUAUUAAACAUAAGGUCAACAUGUAAAUUAUUUGCUUCUUAUCAAUGCUUAGUUGUUAUUCUAUCACCUUUCAUUCUCAAUACACUGUUGAAACUAUCACACCAUAAAGCGAGGGUGACACAUGUGUGAACCUACGCACAUAAACUUGUGUGCUAUAUUAAGUGU